AUGACGAAAAAUAUUCUUUGCUGUCAUAUCUUUCAUCUUUCAUCUAUCUAUCUAUCUAUCUAUCUAUCUAUCUAUCAGUCAGUUCAUUAUCUAUCUAUCUCCUCUUUUCACCUAUCUAUCUAUCUAUCUAUCUAUCUAUCUAUCUAUCUAUCUAUCUAUCUAUCUAUCUAUCUAUCUCAGUUCAUUAUCUAUCUAUCUAUCUAUCUAUCUAUCUAUCUAUCUAUCUCUAUCUAUCUCAGUCAAUUCAUUAUCUAUCUAUCUAUCUAUCUAUCUAUCUAUCUAUCUCACCUUACUCUCCCUCCUUUCUUUCCACCUCAAUCCUUGGAGACUCGUACAAUACCGACUCCUUCCAUUUCACCCUCUCCGCUCUCUCCCUGCUCGUUUGGACUUCUUUUCUUAAUACGCAGUCGAACAGUUCCAAUGCAAAAUACUUGCACACAACCAUCCCACAAUAUGGCAGCAGUCGACGCGCUGCGAUAUUUUAUAGUACGUAGCCAUUUCAUUGAAACAAUUAUACUCACUGGGGAAUUAUCGCUUCCUCUAACCACCCCUUUAUAUAUAUUUCUUUCUUUCUUUCUUUCUUUCUUUCUUUCUUUCUUUCGUUAUUGCGUAUACGCCAUUUUAUUCUUUCUUUCUUCAUUGCGUAACGACAUUUUCUUUUUUCUUUCGCUCUUUUUCCGUUCAUUAAUGCGUAUAAGCCUUUCCCAUCUUUCUUUUUUUCAAUCUUUCUACCUUUUUCCUUUCUUUAUUGCGUAUCCACCUUUUCUUUCUUUCAUUCAUUCUUUGUUUGUUUGUUUCUUUCUUUCUUUUGUAUCCGCCUUUUAUUUUAUUCUUUCUUUCAUUCUGUCUUUCUGUCUUUCUUUUGCAUGCACCUUUUGUUUCAUUCGUUUUUCCUUUACUGCAUAUCGACCUUUUCUUUCUUUUUUCUUUCUUUCUUUCUUUCUUUCUUUCUUUCUUUCUUUCUUUCUUUCUUUCUUUCUCUUUCUUUGUGUUUUUCUUUCUUUCUUUUUUCUUUCUUUCUUUCUUUUAUAUCCGCUUUUUCUUUCUUUCUGUUUUCAUUUUGUUAUUUCUUUCUUCCUUUUUGCGUAUCUGAUUUGUCUUUCUUUCUUUUUCUCUUUUCUAUUUUCUUUAUUGCGUAUCCGCUUUUCUUUCUUUCUUUCUUUCUUUCUUUCUUUCUUUCUUUCUUUACUGCCUCUCCGCCUUUUUAUUUAA